AUGAACGGUAUUUCUAAAUUGAUCAAUGAGAACAUGGCUGAAGGAAUGAACUGUUCUGACCAUGGUAAAGAAUCAUCAUUAUGUGAAUCAUGCGUGAUGGGAAAGCAACACCGUACACCAUUCCCAAAAGAUACCCAACACCGAGCAAGUGAACUGUUUGAAAUCAUUCAUACCGAUGUUUGUGGUCCUAUGCAUGUAAAAUCAUUUGGGAAUUCAAAAUACUUUGUUACGUUUAUCGAUGACUAUUCAAAGUAUACACAGGUGUAUUUUCUUAAGAGUAAAGAUGAAGUCCUUGAGAAAUUUAAAGAGUUUGUGAGCUACAUCAAUACUCUUGGAAAGAAGGUGAAAGUUCUACGAUCGGACAAUGGCGGCAAGUAUUGCUCCAAAGCGUUCAAGGAUUACUUGAAAGAACAUGGAAUCCUACAUCAAACAACAGUUCCGUACAACCCUGAACAGAACGGUACUGCAGAACGCAUGAACCGUACUCUACGAGAAGCUGCUCGUUUGAUGAUGUAUCAUGCUGGUAUGCCUAAAGAAUUCUGGGCUGAAGCGGUGAACACUGCAACGUAUACAAGAAACCGAAGUCCUACUAAUUCUUUGAACAAUGCUACACCAUUCGAAUGCCUAUUUAAUCGUAAACCAGAUGUAUCCAAUUUAAAGGUAUUUGGCUGUGUGGCAUAUGUACAUAUUCCUAACCAUCAACGAAAGAAAUUAGAAGAGAAAUCCAGAAAGUGCAUGUUUGUAGGAUAUCCCGAUGGUACUAAAGGAUUUAAACUGACAAAGACCUGACAAAGAAGACUUUCAUCAGAAGUCGAGAUGUUAUAUUGGAAGAAAGAAGUGUCCAUAAGUUCAAAUGCGAACAGUCUUCUGAAUCAAAUUCUGAUGUCUACUACCCAGCAAAGGAAGAUUCUCAAGUUAAUCAACCAAUUGGUCAAGUUCAAAUUCAAGCUGAUGAUGAAAAUAUGAAUGCUGAAGAAAAUCCUCAACCGAUUUUGGAAAACAAUGUUCCUCUCCAAGAGAAUAAAAACCGAGUGGGAGCUAUGUAUGAAGAUAACUUUAUGCGUGAAGUGGAAAAUUUUAAUCAACCAAGACAACGAAGAGCACCUGAAAGACAUGAAGAAAUGUAUGUCUGUGCUGAUGAUCUUACUGCGGAUAUAAACGAACCCCGUAAUAUCUCGGAAGCCUGGUCUAAUGAGUACAACACACAAUGGAAGAAAGCGACAGACUCUGAGUUCAAUGCAUUAAUGGAAAAUGGCACAUGGGAACUUGUACCUCCGCCUGAUGAUAAAAACAUUGUGGGAAGUCGAUGGGUCUUCAAAGUCAAGCAAAAGGCAGAGGGAUCAGUUGAAAAGUUUAAAGCACGUCUUGUGGCACAGGGAUACUCGCAGACAGAAGGCAUUGACUACAAUGAAGUGUUCUUCCCAGUUGUUCGAAACACAUCUAUUCGAUCAUUGUUGGCUCUAGCAAACAUCUUGGACUGGGAGAUCUAACAGAUGAGAUAUAUAUGAAGCAACCUGAAGGUUAUCGAAGCAAAGAAAAUCCUGAUCACAUGUGUAAACUAAAGAAAAGUCUCUAUGGAUUGAAACAAUCCGCUUAGCUAGAUGUUGGAACUCUACACUAGAUAGUUUCCUGAAAUCCAGUGGUUACAAGCAAGUUGGUGCUGAUUUGUGCCUGUACAUGAAGUCUGUUAAGCUGCAGAAUGGCAAAAUCAAUUUUGUUAUCUUAUCAAUCCAUGUAGACGACAUCUUAUGGUUCUCGAACAACGUGAUUAUGUUAGAGGAAGAGAAGGUUGCAAUUGGCACUAAGUUCAAAGUGGAGGAUUUGGGCGAAGUUAGUCAUAUCCUGGGAAUGUUGAUCAAACGCGACCGAGACUCAAGAACACUAACCAUAAGUCAAUCCAAAUACUUGGAAGGUGCCUUGAAGAGAUUCAAUAUGGAAGAGUGCAAACCUGUAUCUACACCUCUUGAACCCGGAAAACAAUUCCACAAGUUAUCCGAUGAUGAAAGACCAGCAAACAUUCAUGAAUAAUUUACGUUACAACGGCAACACGACCUGAUCUAGCUGCAGCAGUUGGCAUUUUGUCGAAGUACAUGACCAAACCUAGCCAAGAACAUUGGAAAGGUGUAAAAAGAAUUUUGAGAUAUAUUAAAGGAACGCUAAACUUUGGUAUUACCUUUCAAGCUAAAGACCAAACGUGUAUUUUAACUGGUUAUUCCGACGCUGACUGGGCAAACGACACAAAUAUUCCACGUCUGGAUAUAUAUUUCAGAUUAGCGGAUGCACAAUUAGUUGGUGCAGCAAGAAACAGUCUUGUGUAUCUAGAUCGUCCAUGGAAGCUGAAUACAUGGCAUUAAGUCUUGCAACUCAGGAGGCUAUUUGGCUAAGACAAUUACUAGAAAAUAUCGGAGUCAAGCAGAAAGAAUCCACAGUAAUGUGCGAGGACAACCAAGCGGCAAUCCAAUUAUCGAGAAACCCGAAGUUCCACAACCGCACGAAACAUAUCGAUGUAGCAUUCCAUUUUGUGAGAGAGAAAGUGCAAGAUAAGUCUAUUGAUGUUGUGUAUUGUCGAACGGAUGAAAUGCUCGCUGACAUUUUAACAAAAGGUCUUCCAAGACAGACAUUGGAGAAGUUGAGAAAGCAGUUAUGCGUAACUGAGAUUAAGUAA